AUGGAAGCGAUUAAAAGCGAUGCCCUCUGUUACGAGUACGAAAAAAAUUGCGAUGAAACUGAUAAUCGAGAUAACAAUGAGGAUAGUCCCGAAAACUGCAUCACUGGACCGCAAUUCAUCAAUGAUCUCGUCGCUGAAUGCAAAUCCCUUUUAGUUGACGGUGACCGACCGAAUCCUUAUUACUGUCCCGAUUUCGCUGAUAAUUUUAUCAGGAUGGCAAAACUUUUCCCUUUGUGGACUGCCGUCAUGACAGAGGAUAAGUCGUCGGUCGCUACAUCAUCAUACAGUGAAGAGUAUUUUCGGGAGGUGAAGCAGCUGGUACUAAAAAGAAAAUCCGCCAUACGAGUCGACAAAUUUUUAGUCAUACAUAUGCGAUCACUUGCAGGAACCACAAAAAUCCUCCACGCUUUGCAUCAGGCUAAAGACGACGCUUUGGAACCUCGCCGUAAGAAAAAAAAGCUAAAUGAAGGAGUAUUCAUGGAAGACGAUGCCAGACUCACAGAACACGAAGACGAUGACCAUGCCGAGGUUACACUGAGCGAGAACGAUGUCACGUGGAGUGAGAUCAGGCCAUGUGAAGACGAAAUCAUGGAAAAUAAAAUCAUGUUUGCCCAGUCAAUGAAAACUAUAAAUAUCCCUGGUUUCAAAAAAAACGAUCAUAAUUCGAUCGACGCAUAUAAUGUCAAAAAUUGCGAGAAUUUAAACGCGCAUCUUAAUGAAAAGGAAACUUGGAAAGGCAAGAGCCGCGAUAAAAAAAGACGCGAUAAGUCAGGCUGCACAAUGAAAGUUUAUAAGGAAAGGGCUGAGAUAAUGAAUCAGAUUAAGAAAAUUGAUGGUGGUAUUUUGGAUUGUAUGAUGAACGUGAGCAACUUAAUAAAACAUCUGUUAAAGGACGAACCAUCAUACACGAUCGAUUACCAUUGUAAGUCCUGCAAUAAAGAUGAUAAAGUACAGGCCGUUGUAGUCGAAGUGGAUGUCAAACCGUUUUAUACUCACGGUAUACAGUCCUUGACACAAGUCUUACAAAAUCAACUGCAUCAAAAGAGAAAGUGUGCGGUUUGCCGAUCAGAAGAUGUGACAUCAGCAAUUACAAUCGGUAAUCACAUGAUCAUCGACAUUGAGUGUCUGCAAUGGACCCAGCUUGCCAAAAAUCUUGGACAUCCUGAUUGGCCAGGGACUCUCACGAUAAGUCAAGUGCCGGAGAAAAUUGAAAUCGCAAAGUCAACUUAUACUAUACAGUCGGUAGUUGAAUAUGUUGGUGAAUUACAAUCACCGGAGCCUUGCAAAAUGCAAUCUGAAUUAUUGAUGGGUCAUUACAUCGCAUAUGUUCGUCGAAUUACGGGUAGAUGGGAAGUUCACAAUGACAUCCUCGUCGGCGGUAAAUCAAUAAUCGCGACAGCACGAAUGUUAUUUGAAAAGAGAAAAUUGUCCCUUCUAAUUUAUAUUAAAACAGAU